UUGGAUAAGUCGGUCGUUAUCUAUUGUAAUGGGAUUUUCUGUACUCUAAUGAAGUCGUUGCCCUUUGUAAAUUAGUUUUCUACCUAGAAAAGCCUGUUUCCUGUGUGUUUAAUGACCGGAACAAAUAGCCCACUCCAAGGUUUAUACCAUUGUCUUUUAUCUUAAAACUGUAGAGCAGUCUGCUUUAUUUCCCUCGAGGACUAGCGUCCACGCUUUUCUUCGUUGACUACCACUGGAAGAAUCUACUGCAAAGUUUAGUGAUUCAAGCUUUGGGGGCAAAACUGAAAAACCAUUUUUAGUUUACUGCUGGACUUGAGGAACUAUUACUUCAAAAAUAGUAACAUGCAUUUUGAAUGCAAUGCGUGCGCCUUAAUUUUUUUUCUUGCCGACACUUGUGGCAAAGCAUUUUUCCUCAAAAUUGAAUAAUUCAUAUUUUGUACUAACUCUCUUCUUAGGGAAAGUUAAAUUUUUUUUAAGAGCAGAGGUACGUUUAAACUGGAAUACUAAAUCAGACAGAAUUCAAAUUAAUAGUUUAUUUUAUAGUGUUAUAAACCCGACAGUGUGCCAAGUGACAUUUCUUCUGAGAAGUAACCCUGUGUCAGGGAAUAUACGGUGAAUCCGGUGAAUCUGUGCAUGUAGUAAAGGGUCAAUAGCCUGCCACAGCAGGGAAGUGGUAUAUACAUGUUGCCUUCUAUCUCCCUUAUCCUGUUAGCCAAUAGUUUCACUGUUGCUGUUGCGGGGAAAGGAGCAGGUUUGUAUCUUUUUUUUUUCUGUCUGGAUUUAGCAAUGUAGCAAAAUAGGAAAGAGGUCUUGUGUACAUCUGUUUGGCGGAGACUGAGACAGCGGGGCAGGAUAAGUAUACAAUUGUGAGGAAGCGGCGGUGAGUUCAUAAGCAGGAAGGACCUUUUUAGAAGUAUUUAAGGAUGUUAAGAAUAGCAUUGGAUUCUUUAAACAGUUAUUGUGGGCAGUAUUCAGAGAUGGGAUAAGAUAUUGUGGGCAAUGCCCAGGAAGACACUUGAGAAAGGUGGAAGCUUCCAUCUCUCUGUGGACUUUUCUACUGAUAACAUGACUUCUGGGCCUAAGGCGGAGCUAAAGUUCUUUACUAUUAUGCACCUAGUUAGAUUGCAGAUCCCCCACCUCCCGUAUUUCGUAAGCCAGAAGGAAAUGUAAGAAAUAGUUAAUUAGUAUGAUUCAGAUCAGACUUUAUCAUGGUCAUGUUGUGUGGUGUGCACUUGUCUUGUUCUUGUUUAGAAGCUGUCAUGUAAGAAUGAGGAAGAUGGCUUUUGGUAGAUUGUAGUGACCGUACAGAUGUGCCAGUAGCUACUCUGCUCUAAGAAGUUUCAAGACUGUGGUAGUCGGGUGUUUCUCCCCAUUACUAAGGGUGGUUAUGCAGGUCCAUAGGCUAUUGUAUUAUUGAGAAGUCUGAGCUAGUGACAGGAAAGGUAAGACAGUUUUAAUGUUCGUUGCUUUCAGUCGUGUUUGAAGGAUCUUUCUUUUUUUCUCUCAUACCCCAAGAGUAAGGCUAGCUUUUCUAUCAUUUACAGCUAUUAAAAACUCAAGUCAGACAGAGCUGGGCGUAGUGGCUUACUCCUUUAAUCCCAGCACUUGGGAAACAGAGUCAGACAGAUCUCUGUGAGUAACAGAACAGUCUGUUCUACAUAGUGAGUUUCAGGACAGCCAGAACUACAUAGUGAGACCCUAUCUAGGACUCCCCCCCCAAAAAGAAAGCUCUAUUCUAAUCUAUUCCAAUUUAAAACAUCUGUCUGAUAUUUAAUUUAGAACUACUUUCCUCUCUUACCCAGAGUCUGGCCACUUACUGCCUAAAGCUCUUGGGAUACAGAGGGAUUGCUAUUUAUUACUGUGUAGCUUUUGCUGUACCUCUUUGGGGAUCUGCUUGGAUAGGGACUGGUCAGAAGAAUGGAAAAAUGCACUUAUUCCUUAUCUGUUCCUCCUUAAUUAAUGGUGGCGGGUCUGACACACAAGCUGAUAUUACUGGUGAGUUUUUGCAUGGCGACUCCCUGCUGCACAGUUCCUGCAUAUGAAAUUUCUCUGCCCAGGCCUUUUCCAUUUCUCACUCCACCAGCUUGUUCCCUUUAGUGUGUAGGGGUGAAGAGGGUUAAGGAUCUUUUUCUUUAUAGUCAAGUUUUUUGAUGAUGCCAAGACCGCUUGAGUACCACUAUGCCUGCCUUUGCCGUUCAAGCCACUGGAAACUCGCUUCUUUGCUUGCGGGCUGCUUAAGACUGCCUUUCUGCGCCUGCUGCUUUCUCGGAGGCAGAGCCUGUUGCAUAGUCUGCUGUGCAGACUGAAAGUGAAUUGGAACGUGCAGUGCCAGUCUCCCUGUCUCCUAGGCAUUCCAAGUUUUAGUGAAUAGAAUGUCUAUUUGCUGGUGAAUACUUUCUGUCUUCUCCCUGAAGACAUGGGACACUUCCCUCUCUCUCUGUCAGUUACUUCUACUGAGGAAAAGGAUGUUAAGGAGGUACUCGGAGUGCCAGAGCCCUGAGAGCUGUAUGUGGCAGUGUAAUGUUCAAGCCCAGAAAUGCCUUAUGUGGAUCGGCAGAAUCGCAUUUGUGGUUUUCUAGACAUUGAAGAAAAUGAGAACAGUGGGAAAUUUCUUCGACGGUAUUUCAUCCUGGAUACCAGAGAGGACAGCUUCGUAUGGUACAUGGAUAAUCCACAGAACUUGCCUUCAGGAUCAUCACGGGUUGGAGCCAUUAAACUUACCUACAUUUCAAAGGUUAGUGAUGCAACUAAGUUAAGGCCAAAGGCAGAGUUCUGUUUUGUUAUGAAUGCAGGGAUGAGAAAAUACUUCCUACAAGCCAAUGAUCAGCAAGACUUAGUGGAGUGGGUAAAUGUCUUGAACAAAGCUAUAAAAAUUACAGUACCAAAGCAGUCAGAUUCACAGCCGGCUUCUGACAGCCUGAGUCGCCAAGGUGACUGUGGCAAGAAGCAAGUGUCUUACAGAACUGAUAUUGUUGGUGGUGUUCCCAUCAUCACUCCAACUCAGAAAGAAGAAGUAAAUGAAUGUGGUGAAAUUAUUGACAGAAACAAUUUGAAACGGUCCCAAAGCCAUCUUCCCUACUUUACACCUAAGCCACCUCCAGACAGUGCAGUUAUCAAAGCUGGGUAUUGUGUGAAGCAAGGAGCAGUGAUGAAGAACUGGAAAAGAAGAUAUUUUCAAUUGGAUGAAAAUACAAUAGGCUACUUCAAAUCUGAACUGGAAAAGGAACCUCUGCGGGUAAUACCACUUAAAGAAGUCCAUAAAGUCCAAGAGUGUAAGCAAAGUGAUAUAAUGAUGAGGGACAACCUGUUUGAAAUUGUAACGACGUCUCGAACGUUUUAUGUGCAGGCUGAUAGCCCUGAAGAAAUGCACAGUUGGAUUAAAGCAGUCUCUGGCGCCAUCGUAGCCCAGCGGGGACCUGGCAGAUCAGCAUCUUCUGAGCAUUCCGGCUGCCCUUCAGAAUCCAAAUACACUGUCCGCCCUGCCGGGGCAGCAGCAGCCACCUCACAUUCCGCAGCCUCUCGCAGCCACUCUCUGGUCUCAAGCUAUACCAUGGAGAAGCGAGGAUUUUAUGAAUCUCUUGCCAAGAUCAAGCCAGGGAACUUCAAGGUCCAGACUGUCUCUGCAAGAGAAUCAGCUUCCAAAGUGACUGAACAAGCUCUGCUUAGACCUCAGAAUAAAAAUGGCCCUCAGGGAAAAGAUGGUGAGCCAGUGGACUUAGAUGAUGCCAGCCUGCCAGUCAGUGAUGUGUAGGGCUGCCUGCCCCACUCAUCCCUCGGUGUCCUUUCGUGAGGAUUCUAGCCAAAGAUGAUAGAGGAUGGAUGGUUUCAGUGCUUAUAUUAUAUUGUCUCUUGGGUGUACUCUAUAAACUGGCAAACCGAGAAUCUAGGGAGUGGCCAAGUCAAUGUAAUUUCUUUAAGAAAGGAAGGAAAAAAGCUGUCUCCAUAUCAACUGUCUGAAGCUUUAUGUGUUUGGGUAGUAAAAAUGUGUGUGUGACUUUUUUUUUUCUAGUGACUUUGAAAUUUUAAAUAACAACUUAAAAACAUUAAAAUUUCUUAUUAUUUGGUCAUUUAAAAAUGCUAAUAUGACUCCCUAUAAAAUACUCAAUAUUUACACAUUCUUAUCAGUUAACAUUAUCAAAUGGGACAUUGCCAGACAAAAAUUCUUAAACUCAUGAUGUCUGUGGUGCUGCAAAAUUUAUAUUGCAAUGUGGAUUAUAUAGAAAUUCUAACCAUUUUUGAUAUCAGGUGAGUGGUAAAUUUUGCAUAGAAGAUUUGAUUAGACUGUUGGUGCAGGUAGGAGUUGAACGGGGGUGGAGCAGCAAAGGUGAGGGAUUAGAGCUAAGCUAUGGCUAAGGUUUUUUUCUUUUUGGUGAGGACUUUUUUUUUUGAGACAGGGUUUCUUUGUAGCCAUGGCUGUCCUGGAACUUGUGAUGAUCCUCCUGCCUUUGCUGCCUCCCAAAUUAUAGGCAUGUGUUACACAGUGUGAUACUUGUUUGAAAAAGCUUAGAAUUUGCACCUAUCAGUAUUUUAUUUCAGUAAAAAUUAUUUGGUCAUAAAUUUUGGGAAGAUCUGAUUUUUUUCCCCCAAGACAGUUUCUAUAUGUAGUCCUUGCUGUUCUGGAACUUGUUCUGUAGACCAGGCUGGCCUAAAACUCACAGAGAUCUCCUGAGUGCUGGGAUUAAAGGCAUGUACCACCAACAUCCAGCUGAUUUUUUUUUUUUUUUUGUAAAUAGAUCUUAUUUUUGAAUUUGGAUUAGUGAAAGACCUCUCAGUCCAUAUGUGAAGUUAUAACUGCCCUUAGUCAUGAAAUUGUUGUGGCCUCUACUUUUUCAUCAUUAAUAACCUAUAUUCAAGUGCCUGUGUCUUCUCAUCUCAUUUAGGAUGUGCUCCAAGUCCUACAUGAUUGGCUUUAAAUGUUUGAAUAAAUUAAUUUCAAUAGCAUAGUUUGAUAUGUUAAAUAAGAUAGCUUUUUAUGUCAGGGACACCAGAAUGUUGGUGUUCUACUAUCUGUGCAAUAUUUAUGUCUUGAAAUAAAUUGGAGUAUGCAUUUAAUCGUGGGGAUAUCCUAAAUGGAAGUACCUCUCUAAAGAACCCAUAGUUUCUGGUGUCGAGUGAUAGACUGGUUUGAGCAAGUACUGUUUUGUGGCAAAGUCUUAAGUGUUUGCUUUUCCCAGGCUGCUGCUCUGUAGUACUCCCAGUCCCACACACUUCUGUUCUGGUGACAUGGGUGUUAGUGUUUUGCCUUUUUUAUGUUCUAAGACUACUUGUUGGAGGAGGAGAUCGCUUCUGCGUGGGGUCUAGGGGCCGAGAUGUGUUAUUUAGUUGCCCAGCACAAGAACAUACCACUUACUUUUUGUAUUCAUAAGCUAAUAUGUUAGAGUUCUAUGUAGUUUUCUUUUUUGCAGCUGCAUUGGAAAACCAUAGGACAACGAGGUUUUUAAGCAAUCACCACCCUUCUGCUGCUGUGUUCACUAUCCAGGCUCUUCGGGAAGUUCCUUUUUCACGAACAUACCUAGGAACCCAUCCGUGUACAGAUACUUCACAGUAUUGAUGAGCCUGGUGCUGUUUUCUUUGGUACAGCCUCCACAGUGCAUGUUUAUUUUAGCAUAUUUUGGUAUUGGUAAUUUGAUAUAUUUCAUGGUGGCAAAAUAUUAGCUCUAUUUUGGGACUUUUUAUAGAAUUACCCUUAUUCAAAAGCAUAGGAAUAUGUUCUUGUGGUUGUCAGAAUUUCUUAAUAUUUAUCUCAAUUCUUUUGUAAGCUAAUGGAAAUUAUUUAAUUAUUUUAAAACAUACCUUCUUGUAAAUAUGUCACAUCUGAAGUGUCAGCAGUUACUUUGAAUACCGUAAUGUUUGCUGCAUUUUUUCCUGUGUGUAUAUUGUAUCUCCUUUCAGAACAGGAAUGUGCCUCCUGAUGUUUACUGUUACACCUGCUCUCUUUGUAUGUCCGAUUGGUUGAACACUGUAAUGACUUGAGAAUAAACUGCUCAGAAUUCAUUUUCA